AUGCAAGGAAAUACGCAUGGAUCUCUUGGAAGGGUCAUCAAAACACCCAUGCAUAUACACCAGAGAGAACCAAAGCAAGCUUUGCAAACUUUAAGAACCUCACAACAUAUUUCUCAAAAAAAAUACAUAGAACUAAUUAACUUAGCCAAAAAGUUGUAUUCCUGUCAAAAUGAGUUGUUAUGUUAUCAAAGAGAGGAAAAGACAAUGCAGGGAGAAGGAGAUAAUAAAGUUACAAAAAAGUCUCUCAAUAUUGUCACUAAUGGAGAGAAGAAAUCUCUUCUGGAUAUGUCAAAGGUAGGAAAUCAUCUUAUCAAAAAGGAGUUUAAGAUAUCCAAAGAAACAUUGAACAUUCAUAAAUCAGCAACACGUGAAUCCAAACGUGUUACAAAAAUAAAGUCUAUAACAAUUAAUACCAGGAAGAACAAAAGGAAAAGGGAUUCGUCUCAUCUUGGGAAAACGUUUACCAAACAUAAUAACUCACAUCUAGUUAGAUCUAUCAAGACAAAGGAGAACGGAAAUAAUGAUUCCAAAAAAAAAGAACAAAUGUCCAUACUAACAGGAGAAGAACAAGCAAAAAGAAUAGUACCACCACCAGAUUCAUUCAAAAAAAAAAAAAAAAAAAAAAAAAAUUCUGAAGUUACAAUACAGAAAUUUCCCAACUCAAAAAUUACAGAGAAGAAAAAAAACGUAGAAAUAUACUUAACUAAUACUACACAGAAAAGGAAGAAAAGAAAAAAAAAAUAUAUGUGCACAUUUUCCAAAACUAACACCAAUAAAGGAAAUAUUAUAAAUCUCGUCAAAUGUGCCAAAAAUGAAGUUUUACAAAAAGUGGAACCAAGUAAUACCCACUAUACAUUUAAUAACCCACAAAAUAAAAGUGCAUUAACAGAUGAGGGAAAAAAACCACAACCAGGGUCUAAGCACAAAAUGGGUCAUCAUCCUAGGCAUGAACAAGCAAUUACCCAACAUGAACAACCACUUCCCAUACAGCAUAUCAGCACAUGCUCAAAAAUGGAACACCCAGGAGUCACCACCUCCACCGCUGCAAAAAAACAAUGCUAUAACCAACAAAAGAGGAAAAAUCAAAGACAUUUAUCAAAAAAAAGAAGAAAACACAUGAAUUCUAAUUCUAAUAACAGAGUAAUGGUAGAAGACGAAGAAUGUAGCACUGUGAAUGCCACUCAUAAAGAACAGAAUCCAUCUGAACAUAAAAAAAGAGCAUCAAAAAUUUUUUCCAAAAAUUUAAAGAAUCCAAAGAGAAAGUCACAUAGCACUUCUAGUUGCAAAAUUCAACUAGCUAAAUAUACACAACCACAAUCGAGAACCAGAAAAGGAUUAUUACUAAACAAUGCAAAUAGAAGUAAAAGAAAACUUACACCAAAAAUUGUUUCUCUUCAGAAUCAAAAGUGGAAGGAAAAAAAUGGUAGAGUUACACGGAAUUGCGCUUCAAAUCAGAUUUAUGAAUUCAAUGCUGCUAAACGAAAUCGACCAAGCUUAGAUAAGCAGAAGGACAAUCUCAAAUCUUGCAAGGAUUUGAUAAAAACUUUAAACGCCUCAAGCGUUAUCAUAUGCACUAAAAAUCAUAAAAAAAGAACAAAAAAAAGUUUAAGAACAAGAAAAACAAAAAGUGAGAAUGGGUUUCAAAUGGGGUCGAACUUCACAUUCGGGGGAAGCGUCUCGAUGCCACGAAAAAAAAAAAAUUCAAGAUGA